CCGUCUCCUCAUCAAAGGAGCGAAGAUCGUGAACGAUGACCAGUCGUUCUGCGCUGACAUCUACAUGGAGGAUGGAGUCAUCAAACAAAUUGGGGAAAACCUCAUCGUGCCCGGCGGUGUAAAAACCAUCGACGCCCACGGACGCAUGUUAAUGCCGGGCGGCAUCGACGUGCACACGCGUUUCCAGAUGCCGGAUCGAGGCAUGACGUCUGCGGACGACUUCUACCAGGGGACCAAGGCCGCGCUCGCCGGAGGCACCACCAUGAUCAUUGACCACGUCGUACCUGAGCCCGGCAUCAGCCUCCUCUCCGCCUUCGAGCAGUGGCGCGAAUGGGCCGACAGCAAGUCCUGCUGCGACUACUCCCUGCACGUGGACAUCACAGAGUGGCACCGGGGCAUCCAGGAAGAGAUGGAGGCGCUGGUGAAGGAUCACGGUGUCAACUCUUUUCUGGUCUACCUGGCGUAUAAAGAUGUUUUCCAGCUCACUGACGCUCAGGUGUACGAGGUGUUCAGCGUGAUCCGAGACCUGGGAGCCAUCGCUCAGGUGCACGCUGAGAAUGGAGACAUCGUCGCUGAGGAGCAGUGUAAGAUUCUGGAGCAGGGGAUCACUGGGCCUGAAGGACACGUGCUGAGUCAUCCCGAGGAGGUGGAGGCGGAGGCUGUAAACCGCUCUGUGACUGUGGCCAAUCAGACCAACUGUCCCCUGUACGUCACCAAGGUGAUGAGCAAAAGCGCCGCUGAUGUCAUCGCUCAGGCGAGGAAGAAAGGCACCGUGGUUUACGGCGAGCCAAUCACUGCGAGCCUGGGAACAGACGGUUCACACUACUGGAGCAAGAACUGGGCCAAAGCAGCCGCCUUCGUCACCUCCCCUCCCCUGAGCCCCGACCCGACCACACCAGACUAUCUCAACUCCCUGCUCUCCUGCGGCGACCUGCAGGUGACAGGAAGUGCACACUGUCCCUUCAACACCGCCCAGCGUGCCGUGGGCAAAGAUGACUUCAGCUUGAUUCCCGAGGGCGUCAAUGGCACUGAGGAGAGGAUGUCCGUCAUCUGGGACAAGUGUGUGGUGACAGGUAAGAUGGAUGAGAACCAGUUCGUGGCGGUGACCAGCACCAACGCCGCCAAGAUCUUCAACCUGUACCCCCGCAAGGGUCGCAUCGCCGUGGGCUCCGAUGCUGAUCUGGUGCUAUGGGACCCAGACGUCACAAAGAUCAUCUCGGCCAAGAGCCACAACUCGACUGUGGAGUACAACAUCUUUGAAGGCAUGGAGGUGCGCGGUGGGCCUCUGGUGGUGAUCAGCCAGGGCAAGAUCGUCUUGGAGGAGGGGAACCUCCACACCACCGAGGGCUCGGGACGCUUCGUGGCCCGUAAACCUUUCCCUGACUAUGUCUACAAGAGGAUAAAGGCUCGCAGCAGGCUGGCGGAGCUGAGGGGCGUACCCAGAGGACUGUAUGACGGUCCGGUCUGCGAGGUGUCGGUCACCCCUAAAACCAUGACUCCUGCCUCCUCUGCCAAGACCUCACCUGCCAAGCAGCCCAACCAGCCUGUCCGCAACCUGCACCAGUCUGGAUUCAGUCUAUCUGGUGCUCAAAUCGACGACAACAUUCCCCGCCGCAACACCCAGCGCACCCUGGCGCCCCCAGGUGGCAAGUCCAACAUCGCCAGCCUGGGUUAAAGCUCCAACCUCGGCAGCUGAGGAGGAAACGGAGAUUUGAGGGGGAAAUGGCCGACGGGAGCAAAAGGGUCGAGAAACCACAUCACGACACCGGGAGAGCCCCGCCCCCUUUCUGCACCGGGCGGCCCUUUAGCCUCGAUCUUUGACUUCCUUCUCUGCUGCUUGUUCAUGCACCCACUCCUCUUCCUCUUCCCCAAUCCCUGAUCCUAGAGGACACUGCUAGAAACAAAACAACAAAUAAUGAAAAAAGAGAAAAAAAUGAAAACACUCCUUAUUUGAGCACUUUUUAAAGCAUUAUUUAGUUUUUUUUAUAAUGUACCUUCUCCCUGCCGUGUCUCCUUUGGAUGUUUGUUAUACUGUUGUUUUAAUAGAGGGGUCAAGACUAAACUGAAUUAAUACAGUUCAGAAAAGAGGAUACAUUUCAUGCAAGAUGUCCAUUAUUUCCCAUUUUCUCUUUUACGUUUGGGAGUAAUUAUCGGAGCAUGGGUCCAAAACCAGUUUUGUUAUUUACUCACUUUGGUUUGAAAUAGGCCAAACGAUAGGUUGCUUGAAAUUGAAUAGUCUUGCAGUUUACUCAGCUGCCAAGAAUCUAGUUCUUCCAUCAAGCUGGUGACUUCCUGUGAUUUGUCUUACGUUGCAUUUCAAUCGCUUCACUUUCCAGGGCAUCGGCCAUCUGACAACGCACCGCUGCGAUCAAUGCGGAAUUGAUUAUUUGCCACGAGGACGGCCCUGAGAUUUUUGAAAAAUGUAGCAACACAGGAAUCUUUUACGAGAGUUCGCCCAUCUGUGGCUGAGCUGAGGUACAUGAGUAAAAGAGCAUAUUGCAAAUUUGGCAGCUGCGUUUAGAGCUUGUGAGUUGGCGGGGGAGGGGAAAGGGUGUUGUGCAGCAGAAGGAGCUUUGGCAGGUAGUAAAUAGAGCUUUAUGCCUCAUCUCUGAGCGCUAGGGCGAUGGUCAAGUGAGAGGAUUGAAGGAAAGAUUUAGGAAAGAGCGUCAGUUCAAGGCCUUAUUGCUUCUUAGCGGCGUCCUCAUAGAGAACUUGUGUGUGGAAGGUGCCGUUCACUACGCAGCUACUUAUGUUUCCAGUUUGUGAAUCACAACGGUACAAAUUUUCCGCUCGACAGCUAUUGAAGCACCUCGAUAACCGUCCAUCACCAACCAGUGCAUUUACACACAGAAUGUUUCUCCGCCUCCAAAUGUGACUCUUUUGUACUCAUCGAAGUCCCUCUCUCCUUUCCACUCUUUAUGUGCCUGAACCCACAGAAGUUGUACUGAUAGUUUGAUCUUUAUGUUUGUUUUUUCUUGUGUUGGUGUUCUUAUUGAGGUAAGUGAAGGAUGUAAGAUAAAUAAAAGAUGUAAAAUAGCCAGGA